UGUUUUUGGAAUCACAUGUUGUAGCCUUAACUUUGUCUAUAAACAUAAAAAUGCCGGAACAUUCACGUUUGAAAUUAUUUUACAAUACGGUAUUAUGUCAAUGUUUUUCACCGUCAGGAAAGCAUUUGGUGGCUGGAAAUAUUUAUGGUGAUAUUUCUGUAUACGACUUAACAAAAACAUUAGCUCCGACUCAAUCAGAUGAAGAUCAUGUACAAGGACCAACAUAUAAAUUCACUGCUUAUGCAGAGCAACAUGUACAAAGCAUGGUAUCAACGGAUAAUUUCUUAGUCACAGGAACAGCUGGCGAAAUUUCAGGAUGGGAUUGGAAUGCAGUUACUUCGAGCAAAGCAUCUAAAAUAAAGGCUUCUUGGAUCGUUCAAAUUCCUGUUGGAAAAGACAGCUCUGAAAAACCUGACGUUAACUAUCUUGUCUUCUCAAAAGAAAAACAUUCUUUAUAUGCUGGUUGCGGAGAUAAUAAAAUUUACAUUAUUAAUUUGGAAAAUGGCAAAAUCUUAAAGACAUUAGAGGGUCAUGAAAAUUACAUACAUUCUUUGGCGUUAAUGAAAAACCAGUUAGUUAGUGGAAGUGAAGAUGGAUCAGUAAGAAUCUGGGACCUUCGAACGAAUGAGAAUACGAAUAUUUUAAAACCUUAUGUUGAUCCUAAAGUUGCUCGACAAAAAUUAGGCAAAUGGAUUGGAGCUGUAGAUUUCACUGAAGAUUGGCUGUUAUGUGGAGGGGGACCAAGUUUAUCUCUAUGGCAUUUGAGAACCAUGGAACCUGCUACUAUUUUUAGUUUACCUGACCACGGAAUUCACGAAGCAAGAAUUUACGAAGAAAGAAUUAUAACAGGUGGUUCUAUGCCGUUUGUUUAUCACCUAAACUAUAAUGGUGAAAUACUAGCAGAAAUCCCAACCUCCAGUAAUACUGUUUAUAGCAUUGUUUAUCAAGAAAAACCACAAAAAGUAGUAAGUAUUGCAGGAUCUAGUAAUAAAAUAGACAUUUGCACUAACUUCAAUUACAGAGAAUUAGUAUUUAAAUUUUCAUAAUAAAUUAAGUCUUAUUGAAAAAUGAUAAUAAGUAUAUUUGUAUUUCUACUAAAUAUUAAGAGUUAAUAAUAUUCAUAUUCCAAUAUUUUCAUAACUAACAUAAUAAAUUACUUAUAAUCGAAUAAUAACACUAUAAUGUUGAGGAAAUGAAUGAAUGUUAAUAAAAUUGCGAUACUUACGUCAUUAUUUCGUUACACAUGAGUUAAAAACGACUUGACUUUCUUUUUGGAACGAAGUAAAAUGAAAAUAAAAAUGAUAUAAAAACCAGACGACCUUAUAGAGGCUGGUAAAGUACUAAAUUACCACCCUGGUUCAUCACCUCACUCCGCUGAAAUUCUUUCUCAACAAUAAGUAGAAAGAAUCGCUUUAAACCACGCAGUCAAGGUUAAACUGCUUCUGCGAUUUACAAAAGAUUAUUGCGGAAAAUUCUUCUGCUUUGUAACAAUAUUUUUUUCAACAAUUUUUUCUUUUUUUUUUAUAAAUUAUUAUCAAAAUACUAGUAUUAUAUUGUACAGGUAAUAAUUCAAAGUGUGAUCGAACUUUAUAGAAUCAUACCUAAAAAUAACUGACAGCUGAAUCAUCAGAUAUUGGUUUGAAUAUAAAGUAGUCUUCUCUCUUGUGAAAGAAACGAAAAAAACGAAAACUUGCACACGGGGAUUUGUCGUAAAAUGGAUGUCUCGAUUGUACGUAGGAAGUGAAUUAUAUUUUUGUCUGUGUAAUAAAAAUAUAAAAAUGUUAGUGCACGGUUGGGAUGAAAAAAAGAAAGUCUAAACUGCAACGAAAGUAAAUGAAUAAAAAAAUUUAUGACUGCUUGUUGCCUUGAACAUUCACUUUUAAUUUUUUAAAGGUUUGAGUAAUAUGCAAAAUCUUUGAAUAAUUAAUGAAAAUAAAAUAAUGUCAUAUCUGUUGAUAAAAAUAGUAUAUGAUGCGCAUUGUUAACAUUUAAAAGAACACUGAGCAUACCGACAUAGGAAAGUUUUAUUAUAUUGAAAAAGAAAAAUGUUUUAACUUCUUUGACGUGUACUCGGCGAAUAGUUCCGUAGGUGCUUAUUAGAUGGUUCGUUUGUAAUUGCACCUUACAAAAUGUAAAAAUAAAACCAUAACGGUAAAGUGCAAGCAAGGUUGUAGAUGGAUAAAGGCGUAAGACCUUAUAUAUAUACGCAUAUAUAUGUAUAUACGGUCAUGAAUAUAUCGAAAGAUAGCUCAUUAUAAUUGAAAAGAAAUAGUUAUUGUUUCUUCCUGCCUUACAUAAUUUCUUUUCCUUAAAUGUCUUACCAAUAUUUUGGGUUCUUUGAGUAAUAUGUAUUGAAAAAAUUUCAUCACCUCAUAUAAUAUUUACUUUAACUAACUUAUUUGUUUAUCCUCUAACAUUUUAGUUUGAACAUUAGACUAUGUUUGCAGAUGACUUUGAAUAUUUACCAUAAAA